GGAGGAAAGCAAUUAACUCGAUUUCGUGCACCCUAAACUUCAUCCCCGACUUAUGCAGUUGUGAAAAAAAAAAAAAAAAAAGAAAAGAAACGAGAAGGAAGGAUCCCCGCUCGAAUAGUUUCCCUUUCGUCGACUAUAGCAAACUGCCUGCAAAUUAUUCAUCGACCCAAAGACAAAUUAAAAUCUCCAAUCGGAGGACGCGACCACCCCGUAGAACCGAUGUUUGCGCUGCUCUACGAGACUCACAGACGUGGUGGGAGUGUGCUGGUAAAAAUCAGCCGCGCUCACACGCACACCCACCUCCUGUUCCUGUGUGUGGACCACGGAGGAGAGACCAACACUUGACUCCCUCUGUCAGAGCAAGUCACAUUGUGCGUCUGCCCUCCGGCCUGACCGUUCAACCGUGGCCAUCAUCCCCCGAGAAGGCGAUCCGCGGCCGUUCAAUGCGGUGCUCGCGCGUGUCCACGGUUCCAACGAGUCGUCCGAAAUCUUUACAGUUUCGUUCGACAGCCCUUGCCGGUAACGAUAUCCUUUCGCGACGUUUCAAACGCGAUUAACCCCGCGCGACAGACGAGAAAGUUGGCUCGAGUUGUCAUCGGAGAUUACCGUUAGUUGAAGUGGACGACGGUUGAAGAGUCGGUGGUUGGAAGCUGCGGAAUUAUCGUUGUUCGAGCACGUCGUCCGAAUGUCGUAAAACGUUUUUUAGCGAGUUUCAUGGCUGAAUACCGGGCUUCUUCUGAACGAAGAUCGCGCGAGUUCUUCGAGUGGCACCGUUCUUUUGCAGGACAACGAUGAAAUCGUAGAAUUUGUCGUCGACGAGCAACGACGAAACAAGAUUUUGGUACAGGUCGCGCGUGUGUUUGAAAAGUGACUCUUUGCACGAUAAAAGCAUCGGAAAGUGAAGUUUGUCGUUCGAGUAUUUGCAAGAGUCGCCAACAUUGCUCGAGAAUGCGUUAGAAUGUUGCCUUCCUCGGUCUCCGGAACCCCGUUCAGCGUCCGCGACAUUCUCAGCGAGGAUCAGCAGCUUGGAAUCAUGGAUUGCUACCCGUCUGUCCACCAUCAACAUCAGCUUCAACAACAACACGUGCCUCAGGAAUAUUACGGUUAUAAUAUCGUGCCGGACAACAACUGGGACGUGGAAAAGUUCAAGGAACAAUCGAUGCCGACUUAUCCUCACUAUCCUGACUUGGGUCACGUUCAUCAGUUGAAUCAGAUCGCUGCUCCGUACCAGGAUCCACCGGUUACAGAGGACGGUAACGUGGUUACAUCGAGCAAAACGGAGCUGCGAAAGAGUCAGUCCGGCAAGAGGACAAAGAGGAAGCCGAGGGUGCUAUUUUCCCAAAACCAAGUGUACGAGCUGGAACAGCGAUUCAAGCAGCAACGAUACCUAAGCGCCCCGGAAAGGGAACUACUGGCUCAGACUCUGAAACUCACCAGUACCCAGGUGAAGAUCUGGUUCCAGAACCGACGGUACAAGAACAAACGCGCGAGGUUAGAGGACGCGGAGAAACUUCAAGCUCAGAACGCGAAGAACCAGUCUCUGAAGAAGAUCCACGUGCCGGUAUUGAUCAGAGACGGUAAACCGAACAUCCAGGAAUCCUACAAUCCUUCGUACUGGUCCAACAUCAGGCCAGAGCUCGGCGUUUCGAUGCAACCGGACUUUCGAAUGAACGAAAUUCGACCGAGCCCCGAAUUCAGAUCGACGAACGACAUGAGGAUGGACACGAAUAUCAGUCCCGAGUUUAAAACAGAAAUCGGCGCCGAUGUCGCCGGAAAAUCGAGUUUGAACGGAGAGAUACAAGCCACCAGACAACACGUUCUCGUUACCACGGAUUUCCGAAAUAAUUUGUCGACGGAUGCUCGAGCUACCGUGCACGAUUGUCACAGGCAAAUGAAAGGGAACGCGAGUGGCAACGAAGCGGCGCCGUAUCCAGAUUUGAAAAAUAUUUCCACGGAGAGCAAGAUCAUGGUGAGCGACGGAAGACCGGUGAUGGACGUCUCCAGCAGCGAUUACGGAUUCUCCAAUUACUUGGGUCCGGCUAACUAUCAGAUGCAGUACGUCAAUUACAUGGAACAGGUGCCUAUGGACCAGAAUCUACAAAGAUUGUGGUAGGAGAAGAUUCCGAGAUUUCAAUGUUCUACGCUGUGUUCUCUCUGUUAUGUAUCAACCGUGUCGUUGAAUCUUUGAUCGAGUUAACAUACAGUAAGUUUAGAAAAAUCGAAGCAAUUUUUCGAAAGGACACGGUUGAGCACGUGGAGAGAUCGGAAAAGCUGUAUUCCAUGAAAUUUAGAAGAUUUUGCGGUUCAAACGAAAGUGUUUUACGACUUAGGGUUCCGCUUUCGAUUCGAGUGCGUCGCAGCCAGAGCUUAGAUAUUAGGAAAUUGUUCGAUAUCGUAAGAGAAUCGAGAUAUUUCGAGUAUUAUUUUUGUAAUCGGUGGUUUCGGCCUUCCGUCGCUUAUAUCGCUGAUCUUUCGGACUUCAAGUAUAAGUUACGUUCGUUAAAGUCAAAUUUCUGAUACUUCGAUAGUCGACAAGCGAGGUAAAUAGAAAAAUAAAAAACAGAAAGUCGGACGAUUUAUCCGAAAAUCUCCAACGUCGUUUGCGAGAAUGACGGUUGACAAAAGAUGGAGAAUCGCGUGACAACGUUACCAAACAGGUAGCCAAAGAGUAAUCGUGGCUGAUGCAUCUUUCGAUCACCGCGAUUGCGAUAGCUUUAAGUUCGACAUAGUUAGACUGUAAGGCCUACAGGCAGCUGUAUUUCAUAUUCUUCUUGUUUUUCCCCCUUGGUUCUCUUGUAGUUAGGUAAGAUACUCUCCCCUUCGAAAUAGUAACGCGCCGCUCAAGAAGCCCGAACGGAAAUUGCUUCAAGUGGCUUUUGCGGAAACAUCAGUUACCUCGUAUUCCGCAGACCCCGCCUUUCUCGUAAUUCUAUUUCUCUUUUCUUUUUUCUUUUUGUCUCUUUGCUCUCGGUAAUUCGGUUCUUUAAUCCGUCGAAUACGUUUACAACCGGAGAAAUCGCGAGAACUUUACUUCGAUUAUCGCGCAUCGAAUGUUUCUUUCGGUGGAAAAUCUGCGACACUACGCUGCACUUUUGUACCAACGUUCACGAUUGAUUACGGAAACAAGGAUACGAGAAAAUAAAUAAAACGAAAGAAACGACUAAA